CUUCGCUGUAGUAAGGUUGUCAUUUCGUCCAUCUAUUGAAGAACGUGAUAGAUGAAUGAGAAAUAAUUAACAUUAUCGCAGCGAAGCCACUACAUAAUCUCUAUUUCGAAAACGAUCGUAAGCCGCAAUUCGUCGAACCAGUGUAUCCGUUAUUAACGCUUCCAUACACCGCCAUGAUCGAUGUGGAAAACAAAGAUGGCGGAAUAAUAAGGUGAUCAUAACCAAACGUUACGAAUUGUGGUAGUUAUGUGCACUAGUGGGCGGAGGUCACAGCGGUGUCGCGGCGCCUGAGCGAGGGGGAGCUCCAUGGUCCGGCCGGGGUGAUGCCGCCGCGGCCAGCGGCCGGCCGCGCGGCUAUGGCGGCUGAAGAAAACCGUCCGCCACUCGCUCUGUUUACCGCCGUGUACGACUACAUAGCGCAGGGAGAGGACGAGCUCUCCCUGCGUAGGGGCGAGAUCGUCGAGGUCCUGUCGAAAGAUGCGAACAUAUCCGGCGACGAGGGUUGGUGGACGGGUAAAAUCGGCGACCGUGUUGGCAUCUUUCCCGCGGUCUACGUGACAGAGGAGGACCCGUUAGCCGUCACCUCUGUGAUCGGAGAUGUGGAUCCUCCGCGAGUUUCGUUCUCGGAGCUCAAGCUGGAGGAGGUCAUCGGAGUGGGUGGUUUCGGGAAAGUGUACCGCGGUUAUUGGAACGACGAGGUGGUGGCGGUGAAGGCUGCGCGACAGGACGCUAACGAGGACAUUGAAGUGAUAAAAGAGAGUGUUCUGCAGGAAGCAAAACUGUUUUGGAUGUUGCAGCAUGAUAAUAUAGUGUCGUUAAAGGGUGUGUGUUUGGAAGAGCCAAAUUUGUGUUUGGUGAUGGAGUAUGCUCGGGGCGGCCCGUUAAAUAGGGUACUGUCCGGGCGCAAGAUUCGGCCGGGGAUCCUGGUGGAUUGGGCUAUACAAGUGGCCCGCGGUAUGGCCUACCUGCACGUCGAUGCGCCGAUUUCACUUAUCCAUCGUGAUUUGAAGAGUUCAAACGUACUACUAAGUGAGACGAUACUGCCCGACGAUAUGCUGGAGAACAAAACCCUGAAGAUCACGGACUUUGGUCUCGCGCGGGAGGUGUACAAGACGACGAGGAUGUCGGCUGCCGGCACGUACGCGUGGAUGCCGCCUGAGGUGAUAAAAAACUCCACAUUCUCACAUGCGUCUGACGUAUGGUCGUACGGUGUGUUGCUAUGGGAGCUGCUGACGGGAGAGACGCCCUACAAGGGUAUAGACGCGCUGGCGGUCGCGUACGGCGUCGCUGUGAACAAGCUGACGCUGCCGAUACCGAGCACCUGUCCGGAGCCGUGGAGGGUGUUGAUGGAAGCAUGCUGGCACUCGAAUCCUCGCGAGAGGCCACUCUUCCCGGAGAUCCUGGACCAGCUCGAAAGGAUCAGACAGUCGGAGUUCACGCGGGCGCCACAUGAAUCUUUUCACACUAUGCAAGAUGGUUGGAGGAUCGAAAUCGAAGAGGUCCUCCGGGAUCUACGGAGGAAAGAAAAGGAGCUAAGAUGUCGCGAAGAGGAAUUGACUCGUGCGCAGCUCCAGCAACGGCUCGUGGAACAGAAUCUCGCGCAGAAGGAGAGAGAGCUGGAGAUGAGAGAGAUAGAUUUAGCGGCGAGAGAGUUGCACAUAUUGAUCUUCGCUAGCAACAUGUCCCAGCAGCCGCCGCAGCCUAAUAAGAGGAAAGGCAAAUUCAGUAAGAUCCGACUGCUAAAGAAGGACACUAUAUCCUCUCCACUCGACUUUCGGCACACACUCACUGUGCGGCCGAGCGACGACGAGGCGAGCGUGAAGCAGCUGGUCGCGGUGGCGAAGGACACGCCGCCCGGGUCGCCGGCCAUCAUGCGGGCGAUCGCACUGCCAGCGGACGGCGUGAAGGGCAAGACGUGGGGCCCGUCGACGGGGCACACGCGCACGCGCACGCACCUGCCGCUGCCCCGCCCGCACCGCCCCUCCACCUCCGCGCCGCACCUCUCCCCCGCGCGCCCGCCCCGCGCACACCCCGGCUGUUUUCCUUACACAGACUUCAGCCCCGAGGACUGGGGUCCGGAGUUCCCGUUGAGCGCCGCGUCGAGAUACACGAUACCGAUGCCCACACUUUAUAGUACGGAAGGUUAUAAGUACAAAAAGCCGAGUAUAAUAGAGCUUGUGUUAUACAACAUGGCGGCAUUACUAGGAGGUGUUGCGGCCGGGUAUGACGUCAGAGUGUCUAACGUCAGCCCGUUGCAUCCUACGCUGCAACCUCAUCGUGCGGAAUUAGAAACGGACGCACUACUACCAGCAUACGACAGCUUUGGUUUCGCGCACAACACGUACCACGGGCCCACGAGGCACUUGCGGGCGCCGCUCACACAUCUAGCUGAUCCAAUAACGAGUCUACAAACGGUGGAACCGAAACCGCUCCGUUUCACGGACUCCCCCUCCCACUACGCGCACCCCUCCCCCUCCUCCGGCUACACGCACUCUGCACAACCCUCGGGCACGUCUGGUCUUGGCACCAACUACACCUCCACACAACCCACCCCCUCCCCACGACGGACCUCCUCCUCCACGUCAGACCAUCUAGCAGACCUCUACCAUAACUAUAGGGAGAACUUCCAACCGUCUCCGUCGCAAGAACGGGUCCAAGACUUCUAUUAUAGACCCGAAUAUCCGUACGAUAGGACGGCGGAUUACGUGGUCAAACAUCCGUAUUAUGGGUACGAUGAAUGCUCCUUCGAGUAUAGGGAACCAACGCCCGACUAUAGACCGUUUACCCAUAGACGGACGCCGUCAAAUUCUUCAACAUCCAACUCGCAUCCCGAAGAAUUUUCGCCGUCAAGACAGUUUCAGAAGUAUCCGAAAAAUAGAGAAGACUAUAGAAGUCCAAAAACGGAAUAUCCGCGCAAGAAUGACUAUUCGCUGCCGAGGGAUUUCUACAGGGAACAAGCGGAGGUGGAACGGCCAGCGAAUCUAGGGUUGGAAUUAGUGCCAACUAAGUUGAGGUCAAGUCUAAAAAAGUACAAGAAAUCCUCCGCAUCCGGGGGUAGUUCGGGUGGGGGGACUCCUACCAACCCCACACCACCGGACAGUCUCACUAGCGAAACGGACAGCUCGUAUGUGUCCGCUAGGGACGUGUCGAGCGGGAGCCAGUCUAGAGUCAGAUUCAGUCCGGAAACGAUGGAGGGUCACCUUGAAAGGCGGCCUUCGAGACACUCGUAGCGAAGGCUCAAGAAGUUCGACGACUAUCUCGUGUGACGUCGGACUAUUCUACUUGCCAUGCAUCCAGGAUGCUACAGAAACAUCGCGGAUGCUUCGGAAACAUUGAGGAUGCUUCAGAAAAUAUUGAGGAUGCUUCGGAAACAUUGAGGACGCGUCAGAAACAUCGAGGAUGCUUCGGAUAUGUCGAGGAUGCUUCAGAAAAUAUUGAUGAUGCUUCAGUAAUUCCCAGGAUGCUACAGAAAGAUCGAGGAUGCUUUGGAAAUGUUGAAGAUGCGUAGGACGUCCAUAACGCAUGUUAAAACAUCAUAGAUACUUUAGGAAUUCUUGGAUAUGACCAUUUUUAUGCAGUUUUCGAAAAGUGUUUUGUAAAACACGUUGGUUUGAAUUUCAUUGGUGACUAUUUGCUUUGACUUUCAGAAAAAUUUGACUUACUGAAUAUAAUUUUUCUGGAUAUGACACUUUUUAUGAUAUUAUAUUGAUGUGAAGUCAAAAAACGUAUGGGACUGAUGUUAUAGACUUCUGAUAUAGCUUCAGUUUAAAAAUAUUCAGUGUGUAUGUUUUUUGUUUGUGUGUAAUAUUUAAGAAGGUUAAAUUAUUUUUUUGGGAGAAUUAUAUUAAUAUUUCAUAUGUAUAAAUAAUAAAAGGGAUCAAAACUUAAAAUCAAGUUUGUGUACAUUUAUGAGUUUAAGUGUUUCAAAAUCCAAGAGAAAUUAUGUUGCCUUCUGACUUUUACAGACAUUAUUUAAGUCGGUAAUGUUAAAGAUAAAUAAUAUUUAACACCUUAAAUAUUUUACACAUUACAGAAAAUAUAUGACGAGUUACGAGCGAUAGGCUUUACCACGAUAUUAAAUACUUAGAUCGCUGGUUGUAUAGUGCUAGUUGAAUAUUUUUAACGUAAAAAAAUUAAUUUAAACUUUUUAUAAUAACUAAAUUUGUCGAAUAUUUUAUUGGAUUUGGUUAAUAAAUAUCUUAGUCAUAUUGUUGUCCUGUUCUUGCAGUGUAAAAUAUAUGAAGUUAGAGCAGGAUAGACCUCAAUUAGUAUUUUUAUAAUAUAGAGAUUGUGUUCAUUAUAAUAUUGUUUUUUUUUUAAUGUAAAUUUUUGAGAAAAAAUUGGGCUUUUUAACAUAAAUAACAAGUUACUAACAUUCCUUAAUUCAAAGCAAAUAAAAAAUGAAUCUCGUCUUUCGAUGACUGAACAGAAAAAUACGCGUUAAAUUUAAAUGUUAUAAAGGGAGGAAUUAUUAUCUCAUCACUAUUGCAACGCAACAUUUUUUUUUUUCGAAAAAUUAAAAUCAAGACAAGACUACUGCGAAACAUGGAUAGGAUUUAAUUAAUUUUACAUAGUUUACACGUUAAGUGAUCUUACUUAUCCAAAAAAGCGCUAG